AUGAUUGGUCCUGUAGCUUAUCGCCUUACACUACCUCCUGAACUAUCCAAUGUCCACAAUGUGUUUCACGUUUCAAUGCUCCGACGGUACCUCCGAGAUCCAGAACAUGUCGUCGACUAUGAGAACCUGGAAGUUCAAGAAGAUCUCUCUUAUGAAGAGCAACCAGUGCAGAUUCUCGAUCGUCGUGAUCAAAUUAUCCGAAACAAGACCAUACCGCUGUUUUUCCAAACAGUCAUGGAAAAAUAUUUCAAAAGAAAAUCAAAGUUGGAAUCAUCUCUUUCUCAAGAAAAAGAUGAUAAUUAUUCUUCUGCAAAACAAAGUCGCAUAGAAAUCAACUUAGUAGACCUUCCUGCAGAUCCAGGACUACGGCCUCGGAUUAUGGAUUAUAAUGCUAAUGAUCGAGACCGAAUUCGUAAGGCAUAUCUACAAAAAGGUCUUUGUCAACCUCGUGAUCAUAAUUUUCCACAAAAAUCAUUUGGACAAAAACUUCGGCGAUUUAAUCAGGCUUGGUUUAGUGAAUUUCCUAAUUGGUUGGAGUAUAGCGUACCAAAAGAUGCAGCAUUUUGUUUAUGUUGUUAUCUUUUCAAACCCGAUAUUGGAAAUCAAGCUGGUGGUGAUUCUGUUGUUGGUGAGGGUUUCUCAAAUUGGAAGAAAAAAGAAAAAAUUCAUACUCAUGUUGGAGGUCCUAAUAGUGCUCAUAAUCAAGCUUUGAGUAAAUGUCAAGACUUGUUAAACCAAAACCAACAUAUUGAAACGAUUUUUUUCAAACAAUCUGAUCAAGCUCGAAUUGAGUAUCAAACCCGUUUGAAUUCAUCGGUUGAUUGUGUUAAAUUUUUUCUAAGACAAGGACUUGCAUUUCGUGGGCAUGAUGAAUUUGAAAAUUCAAGUAACCAAGGAAAUUUUCUUGAACUUCUCAAGUUUCUUGCUGAUCAUAUACAAAAAGACAUUGUAAAUGUGGCCGCAUUUGAAACUAUCAAUGUGAUUAUUAGAGAUCUUGGUGAUGCACUUUUUUGUAUUUUGAUUGAUGAAGCCCGUAACAUAUCAAUCAAAGAGCAAAUGGUAGUUGUAAUACGAUAUGUUGACAAAAAAGGCCAAGUGAUUGAGCGCUUUUUGGGUAUUGAGCAUGUUGCUAAUACGAAUGCUCUAUCACUUAAACAAGCUAUUGAAAAUUUAUUCUUCAGACUUGGAUUGAGUAUUUUCAGAUUGCGGGGUCAAGGAUAUGAUGGGGCUAGUAAUAUGCAAGGUGAGUUCAAUGGUCUUAAAACACUUAUACUGAAAGAGAAUCCUUGUGCAUAUUAUGUUCAUUGUUUUGCUCAUCAAUUGCAAUUGGCACUUGUAGCCGUGGCAAAGAAUCAUAAUCAAAUUGCUUUACUUUUCACUUUGGUUUCUAAUGUGGUGAAUGUUGUUGGAGCAUCAUGUAAAUGCCGAGAUAUUAUAAGGGAGAAGCAAGCUGCAAAAGUUGUUGAGGCACUUAAUACUGGAGAGCUAUUUAGUGGGCAAGACUUAAAUCAAGGAACUAAUCUUAAACAUGCUGGUGAUACACGUUGGGGUUCACACUAUGGUACUUUAGUCAACUUGGCUAGUAUGUUUUCAGCAGUGAUAGAUGUGCUUGAAAUGAUUUCGGAGGAUGGUUCAAAUUAA